AGUAAUCAACACCUUGCCAGCAGGUUGAUGUGCUACUUUGUUUGGAUUGCUUCCAUGAAGGGAGAUUUGUUAUUGGUCACUCAAGCAUGGAUUUCAUAAGGGUGGAUUCCAUGAGAGAAUUAUGUGAUAUCGAUGGGGAUAGUUGGACUGACCAGGAAACACUUCUACUGUUGGAGGCAUUGGAAAUCUACAAUGAUAACUGGAAUGAAAUUGCAGAACACGUUGGCACUAAGUCAAAAGCACAGUGUAUCCUCCAUUUUGUUCGUCUGCCCAUGGAGGAUGGUCUGUUGGAGAAUAUUGAAGUUCUGAGCAAAUCUGUCUCAGCUAAUGUGCCAAACAUAGCUGAUGGUGAAAGACAGUAUGCAAAUUCUAAUGGGCAUUCUAUUGCAAACCUUGAUUCAGAAAGCAGACUACCAUUUGCUUCUGCCAGCAAUCCUCUUAUGUCCCUGGUAGGUUAUUAUUUCUGCAAGUUUCAUAUUUCUAUAGUUGUUUUCUUUUCUCUGUCACUAAUAUUUGCAAUAUUAACUCCUUUUAUUUGAUUUACAUURUAUAAU